GUAGUAACUAUUGUUUCCAAACUGCGUUACCCACUCCAGCCAGCAGAUGGCGAUAUGCGUCUUUCAGGUGUUGAUUCUUGCGUGACGUAUAAUGGACUGGACCGGACGUAUCUUCAGGAACAACAACGCGGCUACUCUUUCAACCACCUCGGUAGCUUGCUAGCCAACAUAAAACUGAAAGAUUGACGCUUUAGACCAUGUUAAUGUACAUUAGCUAAUCACAGUGUUGUUAACGUAGUUCAGUUGACGUAUCAACUGGUUAACUUUAACCUAAUUUGCUUGUUCAAUUUUCAAAGUUGUUAAAACAUUGAUACUGAGCCUAGCACUAGGCUAGUCGCUAAUUCUAACAUCCCAGACCAUGAGCUCACUAAACUACUCAUCCCCUGUUAAAGAAGAGGUCUGCUGUAUGCAGAAAGAAGCUCUGAGGCUGAACAUUGUCGUGAAAGAAGAAGAGGAUGUUAUAGAGGAAACAGAGGAAGAACCUUUCAGAGAGGAAGACGAUGCUAUCUCAGUAGAGGUGAAGAAAGAAGACGUCUUGGGAGUGAAAGAGGAGGAGACAGAAUAUCAGAUUAACACCAGAGAGAGACAUGACUAUUGUGGAUCCUCUGGGGAGCCUCAACAACAUCCUGAUGCUGAUGAGGAAGAGAAGAGUCUCUCCAGAUCAGAACACCAGAUGGACAACGCUAGCCCUUCCACCCUCCCAGAGUCCCCAUGUCGUGCCUCUCCCGGUAGCGCCUCACUGCUGGGUAUGAAGAGGUUGUCUGUGCAGCUGGUGGACUGCAGGAAAACAACGGUACUGAGUGGAACUGUGAGAGGAAGAGAAGAGAAAAAAGGAUCAGGUUUAAUUCAUCAAAGAGAAAGACCAGACUCAGAGGAACCAGAGCCAGGGACGUCCAAACCACCAAGAAGACACCAGUGUUCCCACUGUGAAAAGGGUUUUAACCACUUAUCGGACCUGAAACAACAUGAGAGAAUACACACAAGGGAGAAGCCUUACCACUGCUCCCAGUGUGGAAAGAGUUUUAGCCAGGUAGGUAACCUGAAAAGACAUGAGAGAACACACAUAGGGGAGAAGCCUUACCAUUGCUCCCAGUGUGGAAAGGGUUUCAAAUGGCCUGCGGAUCUGAAUUGGCAUGAGAGAAUACACACAGGGGAGAAUCUUUACCACUGCUCCCAGUGUGUUGCAAGUGUUUUAACCAGUCAGGGAACCUGAAAAGACAUGAGAGAAAACACACAGGGGAGAAGCCUUAUCACUGCUCCCAGUGUGGAAGGAGUUUUAAUGAUUUAGGGAACCUGAAAAGACAUGAGAGAAAACACACAGGGGAGAAGCCUUAUCACUGCUUCCAGUGUGGAAAGAGUUGUAAUGAUUUAGGGAACCUGAAAAGACAUGAGAGAAUACACACGGGGAGAACUCUUAACACUGCUCCCAAUGUGGAAUGAGUUUCAACCAGCCGGGGGAGCUGAAAUGGCAUGAGAGAAUACACACAGGGGACUUGCUGUCUUAUAUUGUUGACUGAUAAUGAUUACCUGUUUUUACCAUAUGAACUUGAAUUGUACAAAGUAUACUAAAACAUAUUUUUGUAUGUUUUUAUUAGAAAACAUGAAUUGAAUAUGGAGUUUGAAUAUAGAGUAGGUCAGAUUCCUUCUGUUUUAAAUGGUCCUUUUUUAAACUCUGACACUGUGUGUGUGUCAAUCUGUGUGUCAUUCCUCCAGCACUGCAGAUUAAUCAAGUGAUAUUUGGAUGUGAUGCAUUUGUUCCGUUGUUUACAUUUGCAAUGUUGGCCCACUGAUGAUUUAAUGAAAUGAAAAUGUUCACAGACUCUGUAAUGCAAAAUGUUAAUUGUAUGUGUCCACAUAUCUGAGUAUGUGACUUGUGGUGGAUGAAUCAGAAUUAGUUGGGUAACAUAGACAAUUAAGAUGUCUUAUCUGCAUAAUAUGCUGAUGUGAUAUCAGAGAGGGGAGAGGUCAGGCUUGUCUUUCACAUGUCUCUGGUUCUAUGCAGAAUAUCAGGAAGGGAGGGAACAUUGUCUUCAUAUGUGAAUGUAUCUGUUAAACUAUGUGAAGGGAUGGUGUGAUUAAUGGGGAACCAAUUACUGGUUUCCACAAUGUCUGUGCGCAAGUCACUCCCUCCUUUGGCAUUGGGGGGAGGUGUAGUCAAGUGAUAUUUAGAAUGUCUGAGUAGUUCUAUCUGAUGUCAUAAUACACCCCUCUGAUAAUCAAGUGAUAUUUAGAAUGUCUGAGUAGUUCUAUCUGAUGUCAUAAUACACUCCUCUGAUAGUCAAGUGAUAUUUAGAAUGUCUGAGUAGUUCUAUCUGAUGUCAUAAUACACUCCUCUGAUAGUCAAGUGAUAUUUAGAAUGUCUGAGUAGUUCUAUCUGAUGUCAUAAUACACUCCUCUGAUAGUCAAGUGAUAUUUAGAAUGUCUGAGUAGUUCUAUCUGAUGUCAUAAUACACUCUGAUAGUGAUCCAUUUGCUCCAUUGUUUCCAUGUCAGUUGGUUUCCCACUCUGAUGAUUUAUAUCUGACAGAGGGGCUUUAAAGGAAUAGUAUGGUCACAUUUACAGGUUGUGGCUCAGUAUUCUUAGUAUGAUGUGAAAAAAGAACAAUCAACUAUUUAUUGAUAAUGUAUAUUCCUAUUCAGCUUCUACAUCUGCAUAGAGGCAAACAGUAUCUUAAAGUUGAUUAAAUAUAUAUAUAAAUUGUA